GGUUUUUUUUUUUUUCGUACCAAUUGAACCCAUCUCAACGCCUAGCAGGUGGUAUUGAUUCCCAAAUAAUAUCAAAUUUGUAAUCCAGGAUGGCUGUCUUAAUUCAGCACAACUGUACUUGCCCGAUCUUUUGUGCUGCUGGAGCCAUUCGCUGGUGACUACUUUCCCCAAAAGUCAAUACCAUAGCUUCCCAUGUCGAAAGCUUACCAGGCCUACUCAAUUAACCUGCAGUUACCAACUAACUGGUGAUACUCCCUAUUCCCCGCCAUUUCGCACCCAACCCAAGGUACCUACAUGCAAUCCCACAUAACAUCCGUAUUCCUCACGACUCAAGGCCCCAUGUCCUGAAUAGCUUGCAUCUUUCGCUUCUCGUGUCUGGAAACUGCAGUGUAUCAAGAGACAUCCAUGUCUGCCUGGCAAUGAGACGAAUGGCAGAACCUAUAUUGCUGUCGCUCUCUGCUCCAGCUUUGUUGGUUGACCCCUCACACACCAACAGUAUUCCCCCUCUUUCCCAAACCACUUCAUUACACGUCUUGCUCAACACAAACAACCGUCUCGGGCUAACGAUAGACGUUAAUCUUUAACUCUAGAGGUUCUUGUUGACCUUUGCCUCUACCCUUGCCCAUGUCGUCACUCUGUAUUGAUUAAGCAGAAAACGCCCCGCAAGUCCCAGCGAGUUACUCUUUCAAGCACCACCUCGAGCUGCAGCGGUACAGGUGCCUAAGUCGAAGAGUACUAUCCGAGAUACUGAUUUUUGGGUGUCAUCUCAGGUUCCUACCCGUCGUUCGCCUAGGUCGGAUCCACCCAAGCUCUCCCAGUCAGGUUCCGCAACAUUAGACUAGGUCCUCACGCCCAAGCCCCAUUCAGAACAGCUCCUCAGCCCAGCAGAGCUCAGCACAAUCGCAGAGAAGCUCAGUCCAGCCCAGCUCAGCUCAUUUCACUGGACGUCAAGCAUUCCUCCUCUGCCAUCAUAUUCCAUUAUUCUCAACUAUCGCCCUUGGCAUGCCUCACGGGCUCUCAGACUUCAUACUGGCUUGACAAUUUCCGUUCUGGGCCACAUCGCAAGCCGCAUCCGCGUUACGUCUGUCCGCUCGAGCCGCUUCUCAACCUAACUCUUCGCUCGCGCCGCUGCCUUCUGCUGCUGCAGUGCACUCAUCCGUUCUUCGACGCUUUCUGCAAACCUUCGUCAAACUCGAAAAUCCAGAAACAAGAGCCUCAUCGUGUCUACGCUGCCUCAUACCAUCGUUCGCCGCAUUUCAAGUUGACUUGCUUCUUGCCUGCCUGGCCCUGCCACAGUACCUAGCCGCUGCACCACCACAUACGCCGCCAAAAGCACAGUACUGCACCGCACCCGAUUGCACUCACAUGAACACAAGCAACCACCCUGCCUCGUGUCAAGUCGUUCUGAUUACGUCUUUCCCUUCUCCAACAAACAUCAGAGGCCCUUGUCACUUUGUUCCUUAUUAGUCGAAAAUCUGACGCAUCUCACGAUCGCUCAGUGCUAGCAGCCGUAACCAGAUCUAGAGGUCACCAGCUCCACGAGUCCCAACUGCGCAUCAUCGUCAUCACUGCCCGUGUCGACUGCAUUACGGACUACAGUAAGUACAUAUCUUUCACGUGAACUACAUCACUGGCCCUUCUAUUCCUCAUGCAUCUAUUCCCUUUCCUUUUGCUGUAUUAUACUCCCUCAACAUUGGGUUUGCAACAACUUUUCGUCAUAUUAUCCUUGACCUCUGGCUGCAUUCUGUCAACGGGCUGUCACGAGUGUGUUCCAUCUAGCCAGCACCCCGCCCCGACCCGCCUUGCGCCAGCCUCCAUGCCCGCACUCCCCUAGCACCAAGUACACGCCUGGCUAUCCAUCACUUUGUGCUCAGCGCUUUUUCAAGGUCGCCAAAGCAAAGUGCUUGACUUUCAAACUUGCCAGCGUGAAUUGCGGGCUUCUUUCAAUCAAGGUCAAUGUGACUGCAGCAGCUACUUCACUAUUUACCCCUGGCAUAAGCCUCAGCAGCCAGUGCAGAAACAGGUGACAGCAGAGAAGAGGGAAAAAAAUUCAAUCCAAAACCUACCCAAACAAAUCCAUGCCACUGAAUGCAUGCGUAGGUAGCAUAGCGCAUCCUGCCGCACGCAUGCACCGCAUAUUCCUCAUCUCAACCUCUUCGCUCUUCUUCCCACUCUGCCUUGCUUCAAAACUUAUCAAUUUGGACUUGUACCCACGCGCUCAGUCAGCGAAAAGUUGUCCUUGGGAUUGGAAAAGAGAGACCUGACCCAACACGGCCUGCCCGUCCCUCACCUGCGUCGCCACCUAAGGCUCUACCUCUCCAUUAGUACUCGAUCUAUCUUUAGGCCCUGUCCCCAGCGUCCUUUUUCCCUCGUUACCAACAGCUUUUUAUACCCCGUCUCUUGCCCACUUUCUCGCGCCCACCGUUCCCUUUCCUCCCCUCCCUUCCCCUCUGCCCCGCCCCCCCUCCAGCCUGUCCCGUGCCACCAAAAACACCACCGAUUCUCCCCCUCGGUUUUCUCUUUGUUUCCCCAGAUACCCUUGGCCUUGCCAAUUCUUUGCGCAUCGUCCCAGUCACUGUCUCCAGCUCACAUACGGUCUAUAGUCUAUUCCGACAGCCGGUAGACGUUUUACUAGCCAUAAAUUCACCGGUUGCUAAACUUUGCGUGCAGAAUUAACCUCACGAGUCGCCCCUCUGCGCCCGUGCCGAUACCCUGUUCGACCGAGACAUUACUCGUCCAUCGUCAUUCAAGUGUCCUGUACUCGUCUCUUGCGCAAAUACAGACCUUUGCUAAGAAAUCAUCGUCGGCCGAGCUUCUGCUUGCGAUUCAGCUUCUUUCAAUCAGGUCACCAACAUAGGCCCGCUCUUUUUGCCCAUCACGGCUCCCACUACACAAAGCAUUCCUCUUGCAUUGAACCGCCCCGGCGACUUUGCCCACUUUGCUUGCAUUUUUGCUUCGAAUAGGACAUACGCAUCCAAACAAUGUCGGCUCAUCGGCCAAACGCUUUCAACAGCCUCCGGAUGGGAGGUUAGUAUACCAACCCUGCCAUUGGGCCUGAACCUUUGUGCCCGGUUUGAUAGAUGACCGCUUAACUGACACAAUUGCAGAGGUGAUCCGCGAGAAGGUCCAAGAUGGAGUGACUGGAGAAACUCGGGAUCUGCAAUACACGCAAUGCAAGAUUGUCGGAAAUGGCUCCUUCGGUGUUGUUUUCCAGACCAAGCUGUCCCCAUCUGGAGAGGAUGCUGCCAUCAAGCGAGUCCUUCAGGACAAGCGAUUCAAGAACCGUGAGCUCCAGAUCAUGCGCAUUGUCCGCCACCCCAACAUUGUUCAGCUGAAAGCUUUCUAUUAUUCCAAUGGAGAACGUAAAGAUGAGGUUUACUUGAACCUCGUCCAAGAGUUCGUGCCCGAGACCGUCUACCGAGCCUCUCGAUUUUUCAACAAGAUGAAGACUACUAUGCCCAUCCUGGAGGUCAAGUUGUACAUCUACCAGUUAUUCAGAGCCUUGGCAUACAUCCACUCUCAGGGCAUCUGCCACCGAGACAUCAAACCUCAGAACCUUCUCCUGGAUCCCAACAGCGGCAUCCUUAAGCUUUGCGAUUUCGGAAGUGCGAAAAUUUUGGUCCCUAAUGAGCCCAACGUUUCGUACAUCUGUUCCCGGUACUACCGUGCACCUGAACUUAUCUUUGGUGCGACAAAUUAUACCACAAAGAUCGAUGUGUGGUCUACUGGCUGUGUGAUGGCUGAACUGAUGCUUGGUCAACCUCUCUUCCCUGGCGAGUCCGGCAUUGAUCAGCUCGUCGAAAUUAUCAAGGUCCUUGGCACUCCUACUCGAGAACAAAUUCGAACCAUGAACCCCAACUACAUGGAGCACAAGUUCCCCCAGAUCAAGCCUCAUCCAUUUAACAAGGUCUUCCGAAAGGCGGAUGCCAAUGCUAUUGACCUCAUCGCCCGCCUCCUUGAGUAUACCCCAACCGAGCGACAGUCAGCUAUCGAUGCUAUGGUUCACCCUUUCUUUGACGAGCUUCGGGACCCCAAUACAAAGCUUCCUGAUUCGCGACACGGCACUGGCCAGCUUCGUGAACUCCCUGCGCUUUUCGAUUUCACACGUCAUGGUAUGAUGAGAUUCGAUAGAGCUCUGCAUCAGUAAUAUAGCUAACAAUGAUCCAGAACUCUCAAUCGCCCCCAGCCUGAACCAAAAGCUUGUUCCAGCACACAUUCGACCCGUGCUAGCAUCUCAAGGCCUUGAUAUCGACCACUUCACACCCUUGACGGAGCAGGAGAUGAUGGCGAAACUCGAUUGAGCCGGCCUCGCGUCGAGGCGAAGGGUAGUUUGCAUUUGCUUACACCCUUCUCAGGCUCUCCGCGGCUGUGGAAGAGUCCUGCCUCGUCCACUCCCAGUACCGAGCUGAGUAAAAGUGGUUGGGAGCAAUGGCCCAGGCUAAGGCCGGGUCAGAUGGCGGGCAGGCGCUACAUGGUCCUGAAGCUAAUAGCGUCGGUCUUUGAUACAAGGCACGGUGUAUAGGCGUCGAGGGCCAGAUGAGAAGGCAUGUGUGUUCUGGCGAGCGUUGGAGUCUUUCCCGGCAGGGAGGGGAUUGGGCGUUGUGCGUGCCCUUUAUAUGAACCCGCUCUCAGUUUUGCCUUAAGGCUAGUCACGACGAGGGAUAACCCCAUUGAUGCAUAUCACAGGGAAUUACGUUUUUAGACCACGUUUCGAUGCAUGAGGAUGAUCGGUGCUCUUUUUUCAUUGUAUGCGUCUCAAGGGAGGAACCCAAUUAUUCGGCUAUGGUUGGCUUUGCGAAUGGCGAUGAUGACAUUUGUUGAAUUCUUCUUUUGGUACCGCGUUAUGCCUUUGCCAUGGUUGCCCAGAGGGUUCCGACCCUGGGAUUGGUUGGAGACGCCUGAGUGAUUGAAAAGGUUUGGUCUGGUAUGACCUGCGGUGAACAUAAUCCGGCACCCGAUAUUGUCCUCGACGCUGCAACGAAUUUAUCAGUUGAAGCUGGCCAUGGACGGCCCUGUGGCAUUUUACUCUCGCUUUCCCGCAGACGUGGAGGAGUUUGGCAUUAUUUGGUCUAGUCGUCAAUGGUCCAAGACGAUAUAAAGAAUAAGGGACUGCUUAUGAAUCACAAAUAAAAGGCAGAAGAAUGAAUGACGUGACGCAUUGAAGCACGUGGGGAGCUCAGGGUUUGACGUCUCUGGAAAGCAUACAGCUUUUAUGUAUAGACUUCAAACGCGCAAGUUGACAAAAUGCACGUUUUUCUGGUUUCUACGUAGUACUCUUCGAAGAUCAUUUUGCUUGAGUGAUUACCAAUAUCGAGAAUUAAAAGUUGAGUCUUGAGUCUGCUAUAUUAUGUCAAGC